CCCUUCGCGGGGAUUCGGCGUGGCACAGACCGCUACCUCCCCUCCGUUACCCCGGGAUUUCGCGCCGACAUGGAGCUGCGGGACGGCGAGGUGGAGCCGGCGCCCGCCUCGCUCACCCUGGCUCAGCUCCUGCAGCUGCUCCAGCAGGGCCGCGAGCUCCCGGGCCUGGAGGAACGGCGCAUCACGGCGACCCGGGGCCAGCCCACGGCAUCCGUGCUCCCGCGGAGGCCCAAGCCCUGGGAGGCCGCGGGCUCUUCCGAGUUGUCGCGCACCGCGGGCCCGGCCCCACAGACCCUGCAGGAACCGCCUCGGAGCAGCCCGGCGGGCUCCUGAGGCUCGAGAUCUGGAGAACCUGACCUUGUCCUGCACGGACUUGGCGACACCUGCCACCAAUUCAUCUUUUCCUGCUUUUGCCCUGACCUGCCUCCGCUGGACCGAGUCCUCCUGGGAACUUCAGUGUGGCCAUUCACUCCUGUAUUUCUGAGCCGUGAGCUGCAGUUUUAAGAAACCGCCAUCAUGUAUGAUCCGUCUAUGUAACGGAAGCGACUCCCAGAUUUUAAUAGUGUUCUCAUUUUCAAAACAUAUGAACAGGCCACUCACGGGUUCGAAGCUGCUGAUCUCCUGGCCAGCUUAUUCUGUACCAGGACUGAGCUUGGGAUCUGAAAGGCAUUUGUAAGGAGCUAAUAAAGUUUGGUAAAACUUG